AUGAUUGAUAGUUUCAUUUACCUUACAAAUUAAAAUAAAGUUUUAUUAUCCUUAUAAAAUCCGCGUACACCAUUAGAUUAAAAUGCAAUAAAAUCCCAACAAGACGAAAAAGAAUCAAAGUAAAUACUAUAAAUCCUUGAAGGAGAAUAUAAAUAUUCCGAAAGCGAAGAAGAAUAAUAAAAAAAAGACGAAGCAGCAAAGCAAUUACGCAUAAUAAUAAAAAAUUGGAUAUAAUAAAUAAAUGCCGAAAAAUAAAUCGAAAACAAUCACGGAGGUGAUUUACUUUUUUUCGGUUCAUAUAAAUUAAAAGUAAAUUCAAGAGGAAGUGAUAUAGAUGCAGUUUGCUUAUGUCCAUUUUAUGUAGAACGAGAAAAAAAUUUUUUCGGAGAUUUAGUUCAUAUACUUUCAUAAAAGAAGGAAAUAACGGAGCUUUUUCCAAUCCAGGAAGCUUCGGUUCCAAUAAUAAAAAUGUAAUUUUAAGGAAUUUUAUUCGACUUAUCAUUUGCAAGAGCCCCUACAUAAUUUUAAAGUGAUAAAAUUGAUUUAACAAGUAAUUAAAUGCUUUUAGGGAUGGACGAGCGUUCAUGUAAAUCAUUUAAUGGUUACAGAGUAGCUGAAUGGUUAAGUAAAAAGGAGAAUAUAUAAAACUAUGAAAAUUUUCAAAGCAUAUUAAAAUGUAUAAAAUUAUGGGCUUAAAAUAGGGGAAUAUAUUCGAAUAUAAUAGGUUAUUUGAGCGGAAUUGGUUGGACAAUUUUAGUUUCUAAAAUUUGUUAACUUUUUCCAAAUUAUUCUUUGAAUUAAUUACUUGAGAGAUUUUUUUUUCUUUAUUCAAGGUGGAGAUGGUAAGAUUUUCCAGUUUAAGUGGAAUAUAUAGUAGAUGAUGUUGCAAACUCGAAACUAAGCGCAGAUUAAUGGAGACCUGAAUAUAAGAGCAGUAUGAUGAUUAUUACUCCAUGUUUUCCAUGUAUGAAUUGCGCUCAUAACGUCUCUUCAACCACUUUAAGAAUUAUAUAGGAAUAACUAUGGCAUGGAUAUGAGACAAUAUGUAAAAUAUAGAACGGGAGUAAAAAUUAUUCCGAUUUAUUUAAAUCGUUUAAGUUUUUUAAAAAAUAUAAACAUUUUUUGGAAAUUAAAAUACUUGCGACUAAUAAAAAUGACUACACUGUAUGGAAAGGUCAUGUGGAGAGCGGACUAAGGAAACUUACGAGGCUUUUUGAAUCACCCUAAUAUAUGAAUUUAUUGGAAGUUCACCCUUAUCCAAGCUAUAUAGAAAAUUUUUUGGAUGAUACUUAAAGUUAGAAAAAUAAAUACAAAUUCUAAUGUAAGUAUUAUUAUGGAUUGAUGUGUUUAUAAUCAGAAAAUAAUGAAAGUAUUAAUUUAAAAGAGGCUUGCGUGUAUUUCGUUGAGUAGUUGGAAAUGUACCCUAUGAAUAAAGUGCUAGAAAGUAUGAAUAUUUAGUGUAGUCAUUUAUUAAGAAGUGAAUUAAAUUUAAAAGAAAACAUGAAAUGAAAUAUUUUAAUUUAUA